GGUUUCCGGUGAGCGGCAGUAGCCGGUUAUGACGACUCCCUCCUCUGGAACAGCCGCCGUCUCCUCGCCUCCUGCUCGGUAGUCACGGCUGCGCCGGCUCCAGGCCUGUGGAAAUCUAAUCAAGGGUUUCGGGAGUGGAGUGAACCCAGCUGCUUUGAGCUGAAGGAAAAGUAGCUUGGCCACCAAAGCGUCCGGUGCUGGAGGAGUGCAGCCACCCAUCCCGGCAGGCCUUGCAGGAGGACCGACACCAGGAAGGCUUUGUGCCAGGUCCAGCAGCCACCCUCAGCCGUCUUAUGCAAGUGGGUACAUGCCCUCGGCAGAAGCCAGCUCUCUGAUCUGCGUCUUUAGACUUUUUUCAUCGCCUAAGCGUUACUUCUUCUCCACGGAUUGGUGAGUUUAGUGAUGGCCAGAGCUCACUGGAGGACAAUGGACUUGGAUAACCAAAGGUCAGGGCUUGGUCAUAGCAAUGACUUUUAUUACCGGGAAGGACGAGUCAAAAAAUAGGAAGGUCUGGGAACCCUCAGAUUCGCCACUCUAGGAUUUAGAGACCUGAAACAUCGCAGAAGCUUCUGAGUGGUUCUGAGGAUUCAAGAGGUUUUCAGGUUGCUAUGUUAAUACUGCUUGUCUUUGGACUCUUACUUCAUGAAGUCCCACUGAGUGGCCAAAAUGAAGCUCCACCUAAUACUCAGAGCAUUCCAGGCGAACCUCUGUAUAACUAUGCCAGCAUCCGCUUGCCAGAGGAGCACAUUCCCUUCUUUUUGCAUAACAAUAGGCAUAUUGCCACUGUCUGUAAGAAAGACUCUCUCUGUCCAUAUAAGAAACACCUAGAAAAUCUAAAGUACUGCUGGGGUUAUGAGAAAUCCUGCAAACCAGAGUUCAGGUUUGGUUACCCAGUUUGCAGCUAUGUUGACAUGGGAUGGACGGACACUCUUGAGUCAGCUGAGGACAUUUUCUGGAAACAGGCUGACUUUGGAUAUGCCAGAGAGAGGCUGGAGGAGAUGCAUGUGCUCUGUCAGCCUAAGGAAACGAGUGACUCAAGUCUGGUGUGUUCCCGUUAUCUUCAGUACUGCAGAGCAACCAAUCUUUACCUUGAUUUAAGAAACAUCAAGAGAAAUCAUGACAGAUUUAAGGAGGACUUUUUCCAGAGUGGUGAAAUUGGAGGGCACUGUAAACUUGACAUCCGUACGUUGAUGUCUGAAGAUCAGCGCAAAAGCCCCUUGCAGUCAUGGUUUGCUGAGCUACAGAGCUAUACUCAGCUCAACUUCAGACCUAUACAAGAUGCUAAAUGUGACAUUGUCAUUGAAAAACCAACAUAUUUCAUGAAAUUAGAUGCAGGUGUUAACAUGUAUCACCACUUCUGUGAUUUCAUCAAUCUUUAUAUUACCCAGCACGUUAAUAACUCAUUCAGUACUGAUGUGUACAUCGUGAUGUGGGACACCAGUUCUUACGGAUAUGGUGACCUAUUCUCUGACACAUGGAAUGCAUUUACUGAUUAUGACGUUAUACAUUUGAAAACUUAUGAUUCUAAAAGGGUGUGUUUUAAAGAAGCUGUUUUUUCAUUACUCCCCCGUAUGAGGUAUGGGCUGUUCUAUAAUACUCCUCUGAUAUCUGGCUGUCAAAAUACUGGACUAUUCAGGGCAUUUUCCCAGCAUGUGCUACACAGACUAAACAUCACACAAGAAGGACCCAAGGAUGGAAAAAUUCGAGUCACCAUUCUUGCACGGAGCACGGAAUACCGGAAAAUCCUAAACCAAAAUGAGCUUGUAAAUGCACUGAAAACAGUAUCUACAUUUGAAGUCCAGAUUGUUGAUUACAAGUAUAAAGAACUUGGGUUUUUAGAUCAACUAAGGAUCACACACAACACGGACAUAUUUAUUGGAAUGCAUGGAGCUGGUCUUACCCAUUUACUUUUCCUUCCAGACUGGGCUGCUGUAUUUGAACUGUACAACUGUGAAGAUGAACGCUGUUACUUAGACUUGGCCAGGCUGAGAGGCGUUCACUACAUCACUUGGCAAAGGCAGAACAAAGUCUUUCCUCAGGAUAAGGGUCACCAUCCAACCUUGGGGGAGCACCCAAAGUUCACCAACUACUCUUUCGAUGUAGAAGAAUUUAUGUAUCUUGUCCUUCAGGCUGCAGACCACGUAUUGCAACACCCAAAGUGGCCGUUUAAGAAGAAACGUGAUGAGCUAUAAAUAUGUUGAGUCUGUUUGCAAAAAGAGUGUUUAAACACUUCCACACCCAGACUUAGAAUUAAAUCAGUAAGGCAACCUAUUAUUCCCUAUCCCCAAAUUACCUUUUCUAUGCCAAAACAUACCUUCAGGAUAUUGUUAUGUGUUUUAUAGACAGUAAGUGUUUCAUGUGGUUUUUGUGUCAUUGCUAUUUACCAAUAGCAAUAAUUUUGCACUGAAAACUUUUUAUAGUUCAAAAAUUGGGCACAGACUCCUUGGUAUAAUUGAACUUUCUUUCUUUCUUUCUUUUUUUUUUUUUUUUGAGACAGUCUCACUCUGUCACCUAGGCUGGAGUACAGUGGCAGGAUUUCAGCUCACUGCAACCUCCACCUCCUGGGUUCAAGUUCUUGUGCUUCAGCCUCCCAAGGAGCUGGAAUUACAGGCGUGCAACAUCAAGCCCAGCUAAUUUUUGUAUUUUUGGUAGAGACAGUGUUGUACCAUGUUGGCCAGGGUGGUCUCAAACUCUGGGCUCAAGAGAUCCUCCCACCUUGGCCUCCCAAAGUGCUGGGAUUACAGGUGUGAGCCACCAUGGAUGGACUUGAACUUUCUCUUUUUAGGGAUACCAAAGUUUUCAACUUUUUCAGCUUUAGAAUUUGUAAAUGUUUUUGUAGAAUAUUAUAUGAUUGUAAUUCCAGAGUAUUCCAACUUGUUUAUGAUAUAUUUGGGUAAAUUUACAGCUGCUCUUUUAUUUUCCAUAAUCUGGUUGUAGCACUGAUUGUGGUAGAAAAGGAAAACAUGC